AUGGCGCAAGACGUUUCCACCAAAAAGGUGCAUUCACAGCUCGAAGGAGGUGCCGAAGACAGACCUCUGCGUGAUGUUUUGAAGAAAAAAAAAGACGAGGAGAAUCUUGAAAACCAAUUACUCCGUGCUCUCGGGGAAAACGAUGCGAGCAAUUGUUGGGAACUUCUGAAAAGGAAUCAUGAGACGGUCAGGUCGGAAUACAAAAAAUUCCAAGAUGACUGCAAUGAAGCCAACAAGAAAGAGCAGCAGAGGGAAGGGAGAUUUCACUGCGACUGCAAAUGUUCGAACUCCGAACCGCAAAGAUCAGAAGAAGACAGCAUAAAUGAUGAAACCAAACUUAACUGGAUCAAAAUUCUUUCUAACCCUCUGUUCAUUGGUUUGGAAUGGCUAUGGAGAACAGGAUCUCACUGUCAGUGUAAAUUUUGCGAGGAAGAUAGGAAGUUGGUUGGAAAAGAAAAGAAAAAGAAGGAGGAUGUCAUAGAAAGUUCUCUACAUGAUGCAUAUCUACUCGAUGAAACGUCGUCUCUCAAGCACUACAAUAGCCGAGAUGUUUACAGGGAAUCGGCGGAGGCUUACGAAACGUUUGCUGUUGGCGUGCUGGAGAAAGCCGCCCAGAAUGAACUUUACCUGAUCAUGGAUAUAAAAGGAGAGGGCUGCCUGCUGAAAAAUAAUCCUAAUCAACACAGAAAUUUUAUUCAGAGUCUGAGCCUUCUCAAGAGUGCAGUCAAUAAGGGAAGGAAGAAGGUAUGCUCUCGGGAUUAAACGACGAUGUUGUUUAGCGCCGCAGGAAUGUGAAUAUUGAUUUCUGCACUCAACCAUAUCUUAGAAAUAUCAGAAAUGACCCCUCAUUACUCUGCCAACAAUUUCCAAAUCUUGUGUGAUGGAGACCGAUCUUUAAAUCUCUUGGUAACAUAAAUCAGUGACAGCACGUAGUAAUUGAUACUGUAGGCCUCCUUUAUUCUCCACAAGUUUAAUCAGAUGAUUAAAGAUUCGGCUUUGUUUUACUAAUGGAGUUUGAACGAGAUAACAUCAGGCAAAUUAUUUUUAACCCAUCGUAUCUAGUACAAUUUGCAUUUCAUUAAGGGUGUGAGCAACAAAACACCCAAGCUGAAAUGUUUAAGUUUGGAGCUCGCCGGCCAAACGUUAGAUCCGUGAGCUAAGUGUUAUUCUACAUAAGGUGAAAUGGUGAUUCAUAUGAAAUGCAGUUAAAUUAUACACUUUCAGUGCCUAUCAACUUCGAUGGUGGUCUUAAUACAUACUGCUUGUUUUCGUAAAGGAAUGAUCGUUGCAGCAAAAGUCUUUCAACGAUUUCCUUUUACAGAGAUUUUAUUACAUCAAAGCAUUCUUUCAAAGUUUCCUUUGUCUGUUACUAAAAUGCUUGAUAUUCCGGCCGAACAAGUUGAGUUUUUCUGUCUCAAGGCUGAACGCGUAUCCAGGGCCCGGUUGUUCAAAAGGUGGUUUGCGAUUAUCCAGGAUGAAACUUUUAACUUGUAAUUAGUUGCCCUUGAAAUAAAGUUUGUAUUAGGGUCUAAGUAUUAAGGGUUUUACCUUAGUGUGACACAAAACUGAUGGAAAAAAUAUAUCCAAUUAAAAUUGUCUGCAAAGCUACACAAAUUAAACUAAAAACUGGUGGCUAACCCUCGGUUAGCUUAAUCGUACUAUGUACAAUCCGGCCCGGGUUAAUAAACUUUUCUCCUUAAACCUUAGAGACCUCCCACUGAUUGAAAAAAAUUCAUCUCUUUGAAUGCUCUGAGGCGUAAAAGCCCAAUCAGCAUCAUUUCUUGUUCUGAUAAACUAAUACGUCUAUCUCUAUAUUUACUUGUAGUUUGUUUCAAGUCCAAGAUGUCAAGCUAUCCUCGAUGCGAUUAUUUUUUACAAGAUGCGGGAUUGGCAGGACAAGAGCAUGGCAAAAAAAUUUUUUUGGUCCCUUUUGCAGUUUGUCGUUAUCUUACUUCUUACUCCUUUGUUUUACGUUUUCGCUCGACCACCCAUGAAGAUAUGGCGCAGGCUGAGUGAUAUCGAAUGGCUUGCGUGCGUAGAGAAGUUAUAUGAGCAUCCCUACAAUAAGUUUGCAAACCACAUCAGUUUUUACAUUGUAUUCCUGGGGCUGCUUUUCGCCUCAACUUUCGGCUUUGAACACGAGUACAGAACAAGCACAACAGGGCUUUCAUCCAUUGGUAAGUUGUGUAAAUUGAUUCUUCAGUGCCUAUUUCACCACUAACAGUGUAUUAGCUAUGAGCAACAGCUAAUUCUGCUGAUACCGUUCAAGCUCAAAUUAGUGCCCGGGACUAUUUCUUUAUUUCGCAAUGCAUAAUCCUGACUUGUAGUAAUCUCGAACUGCAAGUUUCUGAAAAGUGAACUUCUGCGACAUUAAAGGAAUUUAAUCAACAUCUUGUUAGCAUGAAGCACUUACCAAAUAUUAAAUUUUUCAACAAACAAUGAAACAGCGUCUCCAAUUAAUUUUUGCAGAGUCAUUUGCGUUCCGUUCUGAUUCGUCCACAGAUUAUGCUGUCCUUUUCUUUUUGGUCGGUUUCCUUCUACAGGAAAUUUGGGAAGUUUCUAAACAAGGAUUCCGCAUCUACAUCUCGAAAUGGUGGAAUGUCGUGGAUACAAUAACAUUUCUUACACUCCUGGCAGCUUAUACAGUAUGGCUCUCCACAUGGCUAAGCGUUUAUAAAGAAUGGCAACCGAGGAAGAAUGCCUUCAUCGUGGCAGAUGUCUUGUAUGCAAGCGCCACAGUGUUAGCGUUCUUUCACCUAGCUCACGCGUUUCAAGUCAGCUCAACUCUUGGCCCUUUGCAGCUUUCAUUGUACAGAAUGCUGAAAGAUGUGGCCAAGUUUCUUUUCAUUUUUCUGAUGCUUUUCAUUGCAUUUGCAACUGGCCUCAUAAAAAUUUAUUCAUACUAUGUGGUCUCCCAAGCGAAACUUCGUGAAGAGGGCGAGAGCAAAUUCCAGGACUUCCAUCCAUAUGCUGAGUAGGUGGAUACUAUUGCGAUAUUUAUAUAAGAGAGUGGGCGCCCAUAAGCAAACAUACAAUAUUUCAUCUAUAAUUUUAUAGAAAAAUAUUGCUAAAAGAAAUUUAAAAUGCUUUAAUUGAUUUGAUGAGUGGACGGACGAAGAAAUACUUAUGUCCAUGUAAUCGGACAGAUAGACAAACAUCAGGGCCCAGUUGUUUAAAGGUCGGAUAACGCUAUCCAACGGAUAAAACACUAUUCAGUGGAUAAGUAAUAGCAAAAUGUAUAGCGUCAACCACCGCAUAGAGUUUUAUCUAGUGGAUAGCGUUAUCCCAUCUUCAAACAAUCGGGGCCAGACGUAUAGAUUAGCUGACCAGUGAAAAAGAUAUCUCAUAUUUUCAUCAUUCGAAACUUUUCAGGCACGAGAUCACUUUUAUUAGCUUGGUCUGGUUACUGGUUGGCUACGUGGAAGAAGACAAAAUAAGGGUUGAUGAUCCUGCCUUUUACCUUACACAACUGUUUGGUCGCUUGGGUUUCCUCAUCUACCUGGUUUGUACCGUUAUCGUUGCUUUGAACAUGCUGAUCGCCAUGAUGAAUAACUCCUUCGACAGAGUUAUGGUAGGUCCCAAGUUGUGGUUUGUGACAGAUUUUGACUUGAUAUAAUAGUUCUGAGAAUGAUGUUUGCUAGUUGGCUUUUUACUCAGUGACAUAAACCACGUUGAUUACCACACUAUCAUCAUGAUUGAUCCGUAGCAUGACGACUCAUAUGAAUUCGAGGGAAUUCAGUCAACCUUCGCAUAAAAUCACUAAAUUCCUCUUAUUACUGAGUAUACCUACCUAGUCAGUCGAUCACGGAUAAGCUUAAACUCUUUCCAAACCUUGGGGGAAAUUUAUGUGAGUUAUUACAUGUGAUAGAUUUUAACUUAGAAAAUGAACUUUGGUUUUUAGGGUGAUGAGGACAAAGAGUGGAAGUUUUCAAGGGCUCAAAUGUGGUUAGAAUAUAUCGACAAAGGAAAUGCAAUACCAGUACCUUUUAACCUUCUGUAUUAUACCUCUUUUGUCCUAACAUUCGUUUUCUGGAUUACAACGCUAUGCUGCAGAUGCAAAUGUAAUAAGAAGGUAAAUGUUAGCAAUUGCCAUUUUGAUUUUGGAAUACUUGCAAAAUCCUUUUAGUGAGAUCUUGGUUGCACUUUCAUAAUGAUUCUGAGGAAAAAGGGCUCGGAGAAAUCAAUUCCGUUUGCUUCAUCUCCCCCAGGAUGAAACAUUUUUCGCUAUGACCUAGUCUCUUAUUGAAUCCCGCGAGCACACAGAAACAGAUAAAAUUAACUAGUAAUUUGGGAAAUGUAACAUGUAAAUGCAAAUAUAAAUUCCAACAGAUCUUAUAUUAUCAAGUGUAGAUUUCAAUUCCAACAGGUCUUAACAAGUUUACUACAGAAGCAUUCAGUGCAUGUCCCUUGAGUGACAACUCACGUUGGUGCGAAAAUAUGUUUUGUUUCAUUUUGCUGCUUACUUUGACAGAAACAGCGAGACGAGGGAAGAAGAACUGUUGAGGUACGCAAAAUGAAAAAAACAAUUUCGAUUUAAACCUUACUCGUUGUUUCGUUACGUCAUCUCGGACGCCCAGUACGCUGGCUGAUUCCUAUUGCAAGAAGCCUGGUGAUGAGGAGUUUUGAAAGUGGGCUGGCGUUUGCCUCCUUUGUUUGCGUUUUAUGCAUUCAAGAUCAUGGUGGUAAUCUUAAGAUAGGUUGUGUAGAUCUGCAUAACUUAUUAACUGGCAGAUUUCCUAAUUCUUUACUUUUAGAUGCAAGCCAGUCCUAAACCCACUAGAGCAGAAGAGAAUGUUGAAGAAGGCAAUCCACAACAGGUAUUGUGAGGCAAAUUUGCUUUUUCCGUCGCUUUAUCUAUGAUAAGUACCACCCAGAAGCGCUUCAUGAUUGUAAAAUUGACGUUUAACAAGAUUUUAAAAGUCGUUAUCGUCAUUGGCCAAUAUUCUAGAGACGUAGUUUAUACAUCGGUAGGUUUAACAUUUUCUGAACAAUUCUGCCUUAGAUUAUAGGAUAUUUAGGCAAACAUGGAAAAUAAAUAUUUCGGGAGUUUUCAUGAUUUUAGCAGGUGUCAUGUAUCGUUUUUUGAACAAGGUUUCUUUUAUCUCUCUCAGAUAAAUAAAGAGCAAGGCAGCGAAGAUCAGGUAGGAUUAAGAUCCCAUUUCUCACAUUCACCUCACAAUUCACGAUUACGCUCCGCGAUCAGUAGUUUGCCAAACAUAGCAAAGAAAAAAGUUAAGGUAGACACCGAUACAUUGAGAUCCUUAUUAGAAAAAGAGGAAAAAAAGAGAGGAAUCACAAAACUCGUGAUUGUAGGCAAACGAUUUAAUGUAAAAACAAGGAAGCUGUUUCGAACCUUGUCAGUUAUGGCACCAAUCAAGAUUUUUAAGUCAUUUUCUCUUUACUUUUUCAUCAGACCUCGUGCUAUAGUUUCGCCUCCUGUAUUUGUCAUGGAUGUUUUUGUUGUUGUAAACCCGAAACCGAAAACAAACGAGAAGAGGUCAGUAAAUGGAUCAUUUUGUCGUACCACAUAUGCGUAUAAGUGACAACACUUAGCUGAUGAACUAAGGGCAACAGAUCCAGGCUGUAAGAGAAAUAGAUCAUGUAUCUUUUUUGUAUAAAUAAACAGCUCAAAUUAGCCUCACAAUUCCCAAUUGCCCUACGCAAUCCAAACUGAGUUUGCCAAACCGACUGCUGUGAAAAAGGAAUAGAAAAAAACUGAGUAAAGGUAGACACCACUACAUUGCAAUUCACGUUAGAAAAAGGGGAAACUAGAGACAAAUCACAAAACUUGUGUUUGAACUUUAGGCAAACGAUUUAAUGUAAAAAAAAGAAAGUUGUUUUGAACCUUCUCGGUUACAGCACCAAUUAAUAUUUUUAAGUCAUUUCCUCUUUAUUUUUUCGUCAGACCUCGGGCUAUAGUUUCGCCUCCUGUAUUUGUCAUGGAUGUUCCUGUUAUUGGAAACCUGAAAUCGAAUACAGCCGAGGAGAGGUUUGUUAGUGUUGAUUAAUUACUUCAGUAAAUGGAUCAUUUUGUCGUACCACAUAUGCGUAUAAGUGACAACACUUACCCGAUGAACUAAGGGCAACAGAUCCAGGCUGCAAGAAAAAUAGAUCAUGCGUCUUCUUUGUAUAGAUAAACGUCUCAAAUUAGCCUUACAAUUCACGAUUGCGCUCCGCAAUCAAAAUUGAGUUUGCCAAACCGGCUGCUGUAAAAAGGGAAAAGAGAAAGGUGAAGACAAACACCUUUUCAGCGAUUUGGGAUCAUUUACAAUUGAAAUAUCACAGAUGCAGAUAUUCCAAUCGUUGUUGGAAGCAGUUCAUUGCUAAGUUUAGUAUUUAUUAUAAUACUAAAUUGGUACUGUUUCUUCUUUAUAAGGAACGCGGGAAAGCUAUAGCAUCAUCUGUUGAGAAGUACCUGAAACAGAUAAUGACCCCUCAGCACGGAGGACUUUAA